AAACAUAAAUAUCGACGGGAGACAGCCACCAUGUAUUGCAAAACCUCCGAACCGUACUCUCUUUCUUCAUCAACUGGAAUUGGUGUCAUUAUUCGAACAUAUUUCGCCGUCGAAUUCGAGUAUUCGAUCCCAAUAUGCAUAUUCCUCGAACGGUAACGACGGCAGCAGCGGCGGCGGCGCCGCGGUUUGCUAUGUACUAUGACCAGUGGCACACUGCCUCUCCCAGCAAAGACGCCAUGGCCGGAAUAACGCAUGUGAUCACUGCGUUUGCAAGCACAACGCUCUUCACGAGUGACCCGCCUGGCACUUACACUCCUUUUACAGAUGUAUCUACCCUCCGUAGCCAAUUCCCCGACGGAACCAAGGUCUGCAUGGCUAUCGGUGGAUGGGGUGAUAGUGCUGGAUUUUCAGUUGGCCAGAAGGAUGAUACAUCCAGGAAACUGUAUGCGAAGAACAUUGCGUCAACUCUCGACAGUCUAGGCUACGACUGUAUCGAUGUUGAUUGGGAGUACCCCGGAGGAAACGGUGAAGACUACAAGCAGAACCCCAACUCUGGGAAGACCGACGAAAUCGCAAACUACGCCCUGCUCUUACAGGAGAUCAAAUCGGCGAUUGGCGACAAGGAGCUCUCCAUCGCCGUGCCCGGACUUGAGAGGGAUAUGAUCGCUUUCACCUCUGAGCAGGUCCCCAAGAUAAGCGCUGCCGUCGACGUGGUCAACGUGAUGUCAUACGACUUGAUGAAUAGACGCGACAACACAACCAACCACCACACCUCCGUCAAAGGCUCCCUCGCCACCGUCGACAAGUACAUAUCCCUCGGGAUGGACGCCGCAAAGAUGAACCUCGGCUUCGCCUUCUACGCGAAGUACUUCACGGCGCAAGGGGAAUGCACGCAGCCGAUCGGGUGUCCGACCGUGUCGCUCGAGGACGCCAGCGGCGGCGACACCGGCAAGUCCGGCGCCGUGACGUUCCAGGAAGUACCUCCUGUCCUGGCCAGCGGCAAGGCCGACACCGAUCAGGGCGGCCAGUGGUUCUGGGACAGCGCGACGAGCUACUUCUGGACUUGGGACACCCCGGACUUCGUCGCGCAGAAGUUCGAGAAGAUUGUGAAGGCGAGGGGGCUUGGGGGCGUUAUGGCCUGGAGUUUGGGCGAGGACGACGCGAGUAGGACUUAUAUCAAGGCGCUCCAAACUGGUCUGAAGACGCUGUAAGCACGUCUAGGAAACCCGGCUUUUGGCUCGAGGGGUUUCUGGUUGCUACUUCAUGUAUAUAUAUAUAUCUCCCACAACACGCUGGGCUUUCGGGCCUUUGUAUAUAGCACUUAUCCAAAACAUCCAUAGGUAGAUACGGUUAUGUGUCGAAUAGCUUAUACCGUGUUGCCGGAUCC